UCGGCUCCGGUUCUUUUGCUCUCAUCAGUUUCCUUUCCCAAAAAGGAGGCGGAGAAGAGGCGGCCGAGCCAGGCCGGACGGGGCUCCUCUUCGCGGGCCAGGUGAGGGAGCGCGACGGGGCGGCCGGGCCGCCUUCCUGUUCCUGUUCCCGUUCCCUCAGGUCACCGCUCCCCUGCCGACUUCCUCGACGUUGCCAUCCUCCAGGUGGGACCUGGAGAUCCACCGGAAUUGCAGGAGUCAAGAACCGGAAAGAUGACUACUGCAGUUCUACCUUGCUCCUUCCAGCUUUCCCACGGGGAUAAGAAUAUUUAUUACAUCCUGACAGAAGACCACCCGUAUGGCAGCAAAUUAUUUGGCGCCGGGAGCAUCUGUUACCUGAAAGAGCAGACGUACCUGCGGUAUAUUAGCAGCGACAUGUUCAGCACUCGCUUUUGGAGGUUUGUCAUGGUAGAGGAUAGCUCUGUGGUCACUAUGGAUGUAGAAAUUCUGCAUCCCCUGGACAAGAAGAUGGCGGAUUUCCUCAUCGCUAUUAGCAGCCACGGCGAACGGUUGAACUGUUUUCUGGACAAGCUUGUUCUGGACUCCGCUAUGAAGGCCAGAGAGGGCCAACGGGUCCUCGUAGAUUUGGACCAGCAGACUUUCCCUGGUACCAUAUGCUAUAUUGGGAAGCUAAGGAGCCCUUUGCCAUCUGGGCUGAGUCCAGUUUACUUUGGGGUAGAGUUGCAGGGUGACGGUGUUGGCAAAGGCCACUGUGAUGGAACCUAUAAUGGGACCGAAUACUUCAAGUGCAAACCGGACUGUGGCCUCUUUCUGCCAUGUAACAAACUGCGGUUUGUACCAGCAUCUGAGAACAACAAGAUGAAGCAAGAGCCGAAGCUGGAGGCAGUACAAGAUAUUCCAGUGAAAGUUGGGGAAACUGUUGGCUUCUAUUUGGAUGAUGUCUAUACUCGAGGAGUAGCAAUGGCUGUAUACAAAGAAGGAAACAACUGGAUGGUUAAAGUAUGCCCGGAGGAAGAAGGGGCAACAGACCAUUUUCGGGAAAUCCCCAUGGACUCCGUAGUGAAGGAAGAGCUGCUUUCUUCAGCAUUCGCGGUCGACACAGAUGGUGGGCUGUGGACCCAAAGAAAAUACGAGAGAAUUGAGACGACGGGGGACAGAGAGAACAAGUCCCCCUCCCUUGACGUGAACUCUGUUGUGCAGAUCGACUUGGGCAAGGGCGAUUCAGUCACCGGCACCAUCCGCUGGAUUGGCUGCCUGUUUAAAACGCAGCAGAAAAUGGCUGGGAUUGAACUGGAUGAAGAGAAGGGUGACUCGGACGGUGAGUGGCAGGGUGUGCGCUACUUCACCUGUCCCCCGAAGCGGGCCCUGUUUGUCAGCUUGGAGCAGUGCCAGCCAGACAUGCGCUUCCAGUGUAACAACGUUUUCCUGGAGCCCACCGAGCUCAGUGGUCUGGAGGUGCCGGAGGUUCUGAGCAACUCUCCCCCCCUCCAGGCGGAUGUGGCUGUGCACGUUCUGCGGGGGCGGAUGAAGGGCAUCCAGGGCCACUGCAACUCCUGCUACAUGGACGCUGCCCUCUUCAGCCUCUUCUCUUGCACUUCUGUGUUGGACUCUAUGCUCUUCAAGCCCUCCCUCCCACCUGAUAGACACAUUCAGAAGAUUCUCCGGGACAAGAUAGUCAACCCGCUUAGACAGAAUGGCUUUGUUGCUGCAAGCAGUGUGAUGAACCUUCGGCACCAUCUGACCGAGAAGGGCCAGUGUUCCAGCUUUGCUACUUCAGAGAAAGACCCUGAGGAGUUUCUUAAUCUUAUUAUGCAUCGCAUCCUUGGAAUUGAGCCACUUUUGAAGCUACAGUCCGGAAAGCUUAAGGAGCAGGAGUGCUACUGCUACCAGAUAUUCAUGGACAAGCAGGAGGACCUGGUGGUGCCCAACGUCCAGCAGCUGGUGGAACAUUCCUUCCUCUCCUCUGACCUCAAGCUGGUGGAAAUUCCAUCCUGCUUCAUCCUCCAAAUGCCCCGUUUUGGGAAGGAAUACAAAAUGUUCAGCAAAAUCAUUCCCUCUUUGGAGUUGGAUAUCACCGACCUACUCCUGGAUAGUCCCCGGGAGUGCUUUGUGUGUGGAGACGUUGCCACUCAAGAAUGCUCAGCGUGCUUUAAAGACAAGAUGUUUGCGGACACGGGUCUGAAGCAGUAUUGUGAUUCUUGCUGCAGACAGGCUCAUUCUCAUUAUCAGCGCAAAAUGCAUCAGCCCACCAAGUUGCGCGUUCCCGAGGCGUUCUGCAGGGGCAGCUCUCUCGGCAGCCGGCAAGUGCCCCGGGAGAAACUGGAGCUCUUUGCCGUCCUCUGCAUUGAAACCAGCCACUAUGUCUCUUUUGUGAAAUACGGGCCAGAGAGAGAGAACUGGAUGUUUUUUGACAGCAUGGCAGACAGGCAUGGUGACGAGAGUGGCUUCAACAUUCCCACUGUGACGCUGUGUCCGGAGGUCGCCAAGUACUUGGAGAUGCCGGUGGCUGCCUUGGCCAUGGAACAGCCUCGGGACAUGGAAGGAGUAGCCAAGCGCCUCUUCUGUGAUGCCUACAUGUACAUGUAUCAAAGCAAGAAAAUGGCGCUUUAUAAGUGACCGAUGGACUGCCCUCUGUUGCCAGCAGUCCUGCCUGGAUGGAGUGGAGGCAAAGCGACUCCGGGGCUUGUCUGUCACAGUUCUCUUCCAAAGCUUCUCUCAUGCUGUUGUAGAAUUACCUCUGAGGUUGGCACUCUGUAGGACUCUUUUGCUUCAGGCAGCUGGUGAUCUGAGCCAUCUGGAGUCCCGGACGUGUCUGCAGCACGGCAAAAAUGUCUGCACCUUGCUCCACGCAGCGAAUCGCUCCCUGGUGUCCUUUGACACAGCCGAGCCCGAGUCUUUCUUUCAGCUUCAUCUCAGGGAAACAGGAGUUUAGAGGCGGCCUCGGGUUCUAGCCACCAACCCACCAUUUCUCACUUUUUUCCGGGUUCUGUGAAUCCAAAGGCAAGAGGGAAACGUCUCGUGCAGGGACCUUUUCCUGCUAUAAACGCUGGGGUUUUGACCUGGAAUGUCAAAGAACCAACAAUUGCUACUGCCCUGCCCUGUGCACUUUUUGCUUUUUCGGUUUCUCUCUGUCUUUGUGACAGUCCUAUACACAUUAUUAGCACUUUUUAAAAUUACCCCCGUUUUCAACGGUGAUUGUAGCUUUGGAGGGACACUUCUUGAAUACGGUAUGCACUUUGAACAAAUGUUGUUACUACCACAGUUGCUGGUGCAGUGAACCGGCAAAUUGCCCAGGUCUGUGAGCAGGGAGGGGCUCUCCAUUUUUGCCUCUGACUGUUAUUUAUUUUUCCUCUUGAAACCCUGGCUGGGUUCAUGAAGCAUUCCGGCAGCCUCUAUCGGAUCAGCUGAGCAACUUCUGCUGUGCAUCUUCCAUGUCGGAUACUGCUCUCCAUUCCUGGCACGUUGUAAGGAAAUGUGGCAACUGCAGCUAGGGUCAAGCAAGGCAUUUUGAGUCACAGGCGCCUUAAAGGAGCCGCAUCUGUGGGAGGGGGUCGGCCUGCCCCAUGUGCUCCAAGUUCUGCAGUUCCCCUUUUGACUCCUCACCCUGAUGCCAACGGACCUCUGGUGGUUGGAUUUCUUGCAGAGGUUCCUAGAAAUGGUUUCUCUACCCCCUCCCCCCAAUUCUAUGCAACUAAUUUCAUUCAUUUUGCACCGAUCUCUUUAUCAGCUGGACCCCUUUUUUUAGUUCCCCUUUCUCCUUAAUUUCUUUGAUGCUCUGGGGACUUGGUCCCCCCCCCCUGUGGUAUUAAAGACUUAAGGUUCUUCCAAGAGUAUUAAAAUACUCUUUUUCAUCACAGGCGGGAGAAGCUUCUAUCUGUGUAGAUUUUACGAAGCACCUUUAGAUAAUGGAAGAUAUCCUGGUUCAGAAAAUACUGUAAAGAGUGGAGAGAGAGAGGUACUUUAGGGAGGGAGGGGGACUCAUGUUUGUGCCAGCUGGAGCCGAUUUUUCUGUGUUUUCUAAGCUGCCUUGGAAACUAUGCCCUGUCUCUAUGGACGUUUCCUGCUUUGUGCUCUGUGAACAAACUGCAGGGAAUUUUGAUGUUUGUCCGAAGAUGCUUCUCUUUGGGGAGCAAAGCAUGCCUGAGACUCGCAGAAAUUUUGCAGGUUUCUCUACUGCUCACCUUGGGUUGUCUAUUUGACUCCCCCCCCCCCGCCCUCCUCGAGAAAUAACGGUGGCCACUAAUACACAUGGUUUCCUCUGGCGGUAGAUGGGAGUUUCUCUUGCGAAGGUCCCAAGCAGUCCAGGUACGGGGUUUGUGCUUGCUUGGACUGUUUUUGGCAGAUCUGAUGCAACAUUCUUUGCCAUUCAUGCCAUCUCUGAUGAUUGGUAAGUGGUUCUCUCCCAUGUGCCCUCCCCCCCAAGAUUAUUUAAAUGCUUGUUUUUUUUCCCCCUUUAGCUGUUUCUGUAAUGUUUGCCUUAAGCAAUCUCAGGGGAAGGGAGGAAUAUUUUUGUACGCUGUAUCAGUUUCCAUUUCAAAAAUAUGUCUUCCAAUAGAGAUUUUUCUAUGA